UAGUUAGUACUUGUGUAUGGUAAUAUAUCUAGAUAUAUGAAACUUCACAAUGUAUAUGAUGAAGUAAUUUACAGUAUAGUUUAAGAGAUAGGAGAAUAUGCUGAUGAGUUCAGUUGAAAUAAGAAAAGAGUGAAGCUGAAGAAAGGGUUAGAAAAAGUAAGUUGCCUGUUUUUUAUUGGAAUGAAUUAAGUCUUUGGUACAAAAGAUGAGAACUGGUGCCAUAGUUGGGCAUGAAAUAAAUUGUUUCUUUAUCAUCAUAAUCCUGUCAUUUUGGCAUAUUUAACAGAUUUUUAAAAUUUGGUUGAAAAAAUAGAUAACACAUUGUCUUCAAGAUUAAAACUUAUCAAUAUAUGAACACUACUAACUUUCAAGUAAGGUUUGUGAUGCCCUAGAUGCUUUCAUAUCCAACACCAUUCUUUUUUUUAUUAUUAUUAUUAUUAUUUUUUUUUUGUUCCUGCAGUACUCUGGGCUGCAUUUUAGUAUCCUCUUUACAGAUUGGUUGUUAUUGAUACCAUCGUGCUCUUUACAGUGGGUUUCCCUAGGGAUGUUCCGCUGCGACUACUUCUACUGUGUGCCUUGUCAAAGUGCCCAACAGGUUGAGAUAAACACAAUUGCCUCAAGCUUUGGUGCCCUCGCUGCAAGAACUGGGUUAACCCAUAGAUAUGUUCUGGGAGAACUUCGAAAACCUGAGUUGCUCCACCACCUACCUGAAAAUAAUGCUCUUGCUGAACUAUGUGGAGGGAUGAUAUCUGCUUGGGAAAUAUAUGGUAAUAAAAAGGCUGUAAUAAUGUUUGUGAUAGAAGAUGUUACCUACAACAUCUGUGAUCAGCGUUUCCACGAAUAUGAGAUUCGACGACAGAGGCCGGAUGUCCAUGUCAUUCGUCGAAACCUCACACAGAUCAGUAAAAAUGGGAAGUUAACUGAUGAUAAAAGAUUGAUAAUUGAUGGUGAUGAAAUUGCUGUAGUAUACUUCCGAGCAGGAUAUGAACCAGGCCAGUACCAUAGUGAAAAAGAGUGGGAAGCUCGUCUCACCAUUGAGAGAUCAAAAGCCAUCAAAAGCCCAAGCAUUCAGUACCAUUUGGCAGGCACUAAAAAGGUUCAGCAAGAAGUUGCACGUCUUGGUGUGUUACAGAGAUUCCUUUCAGAGUCUGAAGCAAACCUUGUUGGCCAGCUGUUUACUGGCCUCUACAGUCUUGAUAUGGGCCCUGAAGGUGAUGAGGUAAUAAAGAUGGCGAUGGAGAACCCAGAUCGAUUUGUCCUCAAACCACAACGAGAAGGGGGUGGCAACAAUAUGUAUGGUGAUGAAAUUAAAGAGUUCCUGGAGAAGGUGAAAGACACUCCAGCAAGGGAAGCAUAUAUCCUCAUGGACAAAAUCAGACCCCCCAUUCAGUACAACUACCUUGUUCGUGGAGGGACUGAAGUGAAAUUGUCUGAAGUCGUUUCUGAAUUGGGCAUCUUUGGAGUUUUGAUUGGGAAUGAGAAGGAGAUCAUGAUUAACAAGUUUGCAGGCCACAUGCUCCGAACCAAGUUAUCAUCUGCAAACGAAGGAGGAGUUGCAGCUGGAUUUGGUGCUCUAGAUUCGGUCUUUCUGUUUGACUAAAUAGAAAAGGAUAUAAAACCUUAACAAUUUAGUGAGUGUGGUUGUCUAAAUGGGUCUUAUGUAUAUUUUUUUGUCAAACAGAUAUAUGGAGAGACCCAAUGUGAAAGCAAUGGAAUUUAUGUUGAAAUCACAAUUUUACUAGAAAUAUAAAAUGCUAAAUGAAAUAUUUGUUCUAAUUUGAAUUCAAAAUUGCACUUGUACAUUUUGAAUUUAUUAAAACCUUGAAAUCAAUAUAGUGUAUAGGAAUUUAAUGAAAUAUUGAUAUUUUUUUAUAUGUGUAGGGUAAAUAGAAAAAUCUUAGUAUGAUAUAGAGUGUACACACUUUCAGUAGCUUUAUUGAAUAGCAAUAACAGCAUAAUUACUAAUGAUGUAAACUCUUGUGUGUAAGUGUACUGUGUUGAGUAACAGAGGGCUUUAUUACAAAGACUGGUACUGUGCAUUUCAAAGUAGAGUGCUUGUUCUUUGGAUAGACAGAAUGCAGCAUAUUGUUAGAUAUUAUUUGAGAGAAUAUGAAGGAAUACAGAAAACACGGAAAAGGAAAAAAUAUCAUUAUUUAACUCUAAGGCUGUAAGUAAUCUUACUGGAGAGUAUAUUAUAAUUGAUUUUAUUGUGAAUGUUGUGUUAGAAUUUUCUUUGACCCUUAAAUUGCUCCAUGCAUCAGAUCAAAGUGUUUAAACCAAACAAAGCAUUUACUCUGGGCAUUAUUUGGCCUUUUGUAUGAUUUUACUCCUACUUGAGAGGAAGUCUUUUCACUUCUCAACCUAGAUCAAGCUCAUUGCAAAUCAGUUUUGUACAUCUCAGGUUCCUGUUGCCAUCUGUGAUCUUUUUAGAAAGAGAGAAUAAUAAAUAUUUUAGAAAAGAGACAAGAUUAGCUUGAGGCAAAGUUGGUGAUUAGUAGGUGUGAUGGGCAUAUGUAUAUGUUUCUAAUUCUCUGUGCUUGCUUAAGCAUCACUUCCAUAUGAGAGGAAUACUGAUUUGACAUUGAUUUUUUAUUGGUACCUUAAGCAGAUUUAACAGUUUAAGGGUUAAUGACAAAUUAAUGGAAGAAGUGUGAGAAAAGUAAAAAGCAAUACCCAUGCCCUAACACAUGCACACACACACACAAACACGCAUAUGCACACGCAUAUGCACAUGCGCGCACGCACAUGCACACACACACUCACACACACUCACACCCACUCACACCCACUCACCCACUCACCCACUCACCCACUCACACACUCACACACACACUCGCAUACUCACACACACACAUAUACAGUAAAUUAAUAGAUAACUGCAUUAGCUAUUGGUAUUAAGAAAUUUGGACUCAUAAUGUGGGUUUGCUAUAAUGAAAUUUCAUCCCUUUUAUUUUUUCUUAGUGAUAUGAGUAUUACUAAGUCAAUGAAUAUGUUAUGCUGUGUUUAUAUUCCAAGAUAUAUGAAGUUUUAUUUGGUAACAAUGUUUUAUUGAGUGAUUUUCUGUGCUUGUGGGUUGCAAUUAAAGACACUGAUGAAAUUAUUGUAAAUGCAAGGGAAUGGUUUGAUCACAUUUUUAUGUAAAGAGUAGAUAUAGCAUUGUGUGUGAAGAGAAUUAGACAUACAUAUGUUUCUUUCUGUGGCUAAUUUAAGAAUGUUGACCUUCUGUUUACUGUUUGUUUAUGGAAUAUUAUAUUGAUAUGAUGCAAUAUCAAAUGGUAUUUAUACUUUCUUUUAUAGGAUUUUAAAUGUGUGUAUGAUUCAUGGUAUGCAGGACUUUGUAUUGCAUUGUAUUUUUAUUCAAAGUUUAGAAAAAAUACAUAAUUACAUUAAUGUUGUUUUUUCUAUUUUUAUGGUUAGAUGAUUUGAUUGGGGAUAUAUAUUAUUGUGUUCCAUGAAAGAGUAUUCCUUAAAGAGAAGUUGCAGUUAGCUGUUUUGUAGUGUUUGUGAUUAUGGCUGUACUAGAGAAUAUUUGUAAAUAGAAUGGAACUGUGAGAGUUGUUAUCCCACAUUUUCCUCCAUCCUAAAAAGAAAUAGACUUUGGUCAUGAAAGAGAGACAGAAAAUCAAUUUUAUUUUUGAUAAAGUGGUGAAACUUUUGUACAGUUUAUAAAUCAUUGUUCUUGAUAAUGUAGUUGAUGGAAAUUGGGAUAAUGAUGACUUACAAUUUUGUAUUUUGUAAUAAGCUCUAUGCAUUUCAUUUAUGUGUAAGCAGGGCUUGGUGUUGAUUUUGUUGAUUCAUUUGCUUUUACUGUUGGCAGUGCUUCAGAGACUAUGAAAGGUAUGAAAUAACACACUUCCAGUUGGUGAUGUUAAAUGAAAACAGUCUGCUUGCUUGUACUAUGCUCUUAAGAUCAAGCUCAGUUUUGAAGAUUAUUAACUUUUGGAAUUGAUUAACUUUUUGGAAUUGCAGAUCAUAGCUGUGGUUUUGUGUCCAGCUAAUUAAGGAAUGAUGGAUUAUUCUCAGUAUUCUUGUACAUUGUUACUUUGCUGUAAGCUGUCAUCCAAAUUGCAAGGUAUAAUACACAUGAAAAUAACUGAUUUUCCAAUUAAAAAGCAUUGUUGUGAAUUGACAAUGAGAAAAAAUAUGUAAAAUGCACCUGAUUUAAAAAAAAGGACUUUUACAUUUGUUACUUAUUUGUUAUUAUACAUUACAUAAUUAGUUUGAUAUAUUUUUAUACCUGCAGUGAUAUUACUUUAUAAUCAGGCAUUUUUUUCAGUUUUUUCUGUCUUCUGAAAUAAAUGCAUCAUUUAUAGUAUGACUAAAAUUCAUAUUUUAAGGUUAUGUAGUUGUACUUCUUCAUUGUUGUUUGUAAUUACUAUCACUGUAACUUGACACUAGGUAAACACAAGUUUUGAAUUAGUUGAGGUGGUACGUUAAAGGAAAUUGACGAUAGUCCAAUGCAAAAAUUGCAGGUAAGCGCAUGAUUUGAAGUGAGUUAGCUGGAACUGAUGGUGCUCAAUUUGAGAUGCUUCUUGUUGGAAUGAGAGAAGGUCAUGAGUGAUCAAAGACAUUUGUUUUUGAGAAUGUCCAGUCAUGGUUGAAGUUAAGUGGCCUUAAUACUGAUUAGCUGUGGAAGUUUUCUACAGUGGCUCUUCCAAGAAGUUAUCAGUAGGUAUUAUUACAUACAGCAUUUGCAGUUGCCAAAUACAAUGCCAGUGAUCAUAAGUAUACCAUGGCUAUGUAGUAACAAACAUACACAUAAAUAUAGUCACAAAUGCAUACAUACAUACAGUCUGUCUGUCUGUUUAUCUGUAUGUAUGUUUAUUUACGCAAACACACACACCCGCACCUACCUACUUACCUACCUACCUACCUACCUACCUACCUACCUACCUACCUACCUACUUACCUACUUACCUACUUACCUACUUACCUAUUUACCUACCUACCUACCUACCUACCUACCUACUUACCUAUUUACCUACCUACCUACUUACCUACUUACCUACUUACCUACUUACCUACUUACCUACCUACCUACCUAUCUACCUACCUACCUAACUACCUACCUACCUAACUACCUACCUACCUAACUACCUACCUACCUACCUACCUACACACAAACACAAACAAACAUCUACCUACCUACCUACCUACCUACCUACCUACCUACACACAAACACAAACACAAACAAACAUCUACCUACCUACCUGCCUACCUACCUACCUACCUACCUACCUACCUACCUACCUACCUACCUACCUACCUACCUACCUACCUACCUACCUACACACACACACAUACACACACACACACACACACACACACACACACACACACACACACACACACACACACACACACACACACACACACACACACACACACACACACACACACGCACACA